AAGGGUCUGAACGAGUUUCCAAUUAUCCCAGAAAUACAAAUCAUUCUCAUCCAGUCCUACUCACUGCUUCGUCCUCCGAUCUGCCACUCCACCACCGCGAUUUCUGCUUCGCCCUCCAAUCUGCCACUCCACCACCGUGAUUUCUCCUUUCGACUUUUCUCCUCGUCGUAUACUUUCUUGUCAAAAGAGAAAAAGGGCUCUGAACGAAGUUCGAACUCGUUGAUUCACUCUCCGAUCUGCAACUCCACCAUCGUGAUUUCUCCCUUCGAUUUUUGAAGUUCCGAAGCUAAGCCAAAACCGAACCAGACCCGAGCUGGUAGCUGAGACUGUCGUCAUUGUGAAAUGGGUAAUAUUCCUGGAGCUGUGAGGUUGGUAGAUGAAAUGGAGAACAAAGGGUACCGACCUGAUGCAAUUACUUGUGGAACAAUAGUAAAUGGUCUGUGUAAGAUUGGCCAGACUGGUGUGGCUAUUAGGUUGCUCAGGAAGAUUGAAAAAAGGAAUUUUGCACAAACUGUGGAGCUGUAUAGCACGAUCAUUGACAGUUUAUGUAAGGACAAAUUGGUAACUGAGGCUUUGUACCUUUUGUCUGAAAUGAUGAGUAAAGGCAUUCAGCCAGAUGUUGUCACUUACAAUUGCGUAAUUCAAGGGCUAUGCAAUUUUGGCCGGUGGAGGGAGGCUGUGACCUUGUUGAAUGAGAUGGGACAAAGGAAGAUCAUGCAAAAUGUGCGAAGCUUCAACAUACUGGUUGACACGCUAUGCAAGGAAGGGUUGUUGAGUGAGGCAAAAAAAGUUUUUGAAGUGAUGAUUCAAAGAGGCAUUGAUCCUAGCCAAGUCACUUACAGUUCUUUGAUUGAUGGUUAUUGUUUGCAAAACCAAAUGGAUGGGGCAAUUAAGACAUUUAAUAUGAUGGUUGAGAAGGGUUGUUCACCCGACGUGAUUACCUAUAACAUAUUGAUCAAUGGAUAUUGCAAAAGUAAAAAAAUUGAUGAGGCAAUGCGUAUCUUUCAUGAAAUGUCCAACAAGGGAGUGAUUCCUAAUGUUUCGACUUACAACACUCUUAUCAAUGGGUUUUUCAAAGUGGAGAGACCCCAGGCUGCACUGGAGUUAUUCCAUAAGAUGCAAGCUUGUGGCCAACAUCCAGAUCCCCUAACCUAUAACAUCUUGUUAGAUGGAUUUUGUAAGAAUAGAUGAAUUGAUGAGGCAAUGACACUGUUUCAGGAGAUGGAAGAAAAAAAGUCGGAUCACGGUAUUGUGUUUUACAACACCUUGAUUGAUGGGUUCUGCAAUGUUGGGGAACUUACAAUUGCAAGAGAAAUCUUUUGCGGUCUUUUUGCAAAAGGAUUGCAACCUAAUGUUCGGACUUAUACUAUAAUGAUCAAUGGAUUUUGCAAGAAUGAACUAAUUGAUGAAGCGGGUGAGCUGCUUGAGGAAAUGGAUAGCAACGGUUGUUCACCUGACCAUCUCACAUACAACAUAUUAAUCCAGGGGUUAUUGCAACAUGGUGACACAGCAAGGGCAAUGAAAUAUCUCAAAAUGAUGGUUGGCAAGGGAUUUUCAGCAAACGCAACAACUGCUGCCAUGUUUAUUGACUUGCUGUUGUCUAAUCAAGUAGAUGAAAAUAUUCGAGAGUUGCUUCCAAAGUCUGGGUGAAGGUUAUUUAGUUUCUCAAGAUCAAAGACAAAUUUUAUAUUUUAACCUAUCACUAGUCAUUAUAUGAGUGGUAUAUUUGCUUUGAGUAAAAUUCUAUACUUCUUACGAAAUGGUAUUUCUUUUCAUUUAUGUGCCCAAGAUUGUUUAUUCCUUUUACUGUUCGAUCUUUUGUUGCAA